AUGAUGCCCCAUGAUCGAGAAACUACUAGUAGUAGUAUCACUGGCAAUUGUCCAUGUCCAACUAAUGCAUGUAAAGAUAAUAUUAAUUCUUCCCUUCACAUUCAUUCCAUCAAUCUAGCUAGCAAUGUUAGCCCGUGUCUUGAAGAAGAAGAAGAAGAUCAAAUGCAAGGUCCACAUGAAACAAGACGACAACAACAACAACAACAACAACAACAAAAAACCCCUGUUCGAUUCUCAAUUCUUCGCCAAUCUUUACGACCCGUCACACUAAAGUUUGAAGAUGUGGGCUACAGCAUAACUUUGAAACAAAGAGGAGGAAAUUGUAUAUCUUCAUCAUCUCAUCCAAAGCCGAGUCGGGCUGUCCUGAAUCGAGUCAGCGGAGUAGUCCGACCCGGUGAGUUACUAGCAAUGUUAGGUCCAUCAGGAAGUGGUAAAACAACACUACUAACAGCUCUGGCCGGAAGGUUACCCGGAAAAAUCUCCGGCAAGAUCACUUACAACGGCCUCCCAUUUUCUAGUUCCAUGAAAAGGAAAAUAGGAUUCGUUUCUCAGGACGAUGUACUCUAUCCCCACCUCACAGUUUUCGAGACGUUAACUUACGCUGCUUUUUUAAGGCUACCCAAAAAACUGACCCGGGAAGAAAAAAUCGAGCAAGCCGAGUUAAUCAUCAUGGAACUCGGACUGAACCGGUGCCGGAAUAGUAUGGUCGGUGGCCCUCUUCUGAGGGGAGUUUCCGGCGGUGAACGAAAACGGGUCAGCAUAGGACAAGAAAUGCUGGUGAACCCGAGUUUGUUGUUGCUGGAUGAACCGACUUCCGGGCUCGAUUCGACAACGGCGCAACGGAUUGUUGUGACGUUGAGGUGGCUGGCGAAAGGUGGAAGGGCGGUGAUCACUACAAUUCAUCAACCUUCGAGUCGGUUGUAUACCAUGUUUGAUAAAGUGUUGGUUCUUUCUGAAGGCUGUCCUAUUUAUUAUGGGAAGUCGGGUCUUGUGAUGGAUUAUUUCGGUUCCAUUGGAUACAUGCCCGGGUUCAACUACGUGAAUCCUGCUGAUUUUCUCCUUGAUCUCGCUAAUGGGGUGGUUCCUGAUACUAGACAGGAUGAUCAAACAGAGUUUCCAGGGAGACCAGAACACAACGAUGACAAAAAUGCAAUUAGACAGUUCCUGGUUUCCUCUUAUAAGAAGAAUCUGUAUCCUGCCCUGAAAGACGAAAUUUGUCGAACUUCAAUCCAGGCACUUGCUGCUGAUCCUGCCAGAGUAGCAUCCCCAAGAAAUUAUGAUAAUCAAUGGACCACUUCUUGGUGGUUGCAAUUCAAGGUUCUUCUGAGCAGAGGACUUAAAGAAAGAAAGCAUGAAUCUUAUUCAGGACUUAGAAUUUUCCAAGUUAUGUCUGUUUCAAUUCUUUCAGGACUCCUGUGGUGGCACUCUGGCACCAUCCACAUACAAGAUCAGGUGGGACUACUGUUUUUCUUCUCAAUCUUUUGGGGAUUCUUUCCUCUGUUCAACGCGAUUUUCGCGUUCCCACAAGAACAACCAAUGCUAAAAAGAGAACGUUCCUCGGGUUUAUACCGCCUUUCUUCAUACUAUUUCGCCAGAAUGGUCGGCGAUUUACCAAUGGAGCUAGUUCUUCCGACCAUAUUUGUGACCGUAACAUACUGGAUGGGUGGACUAAAGCCUUCCCUGACAACAUUCCUUUUGACCCUUUUAAUCAUUCUUUUCAAUGUGUUAGUCUCACAAGGAUUAGGACUAGCACUUGGAGCCAUUCUAAUGGACCUAAAACAGGCAACCACACUUUCCUCUGUUAUGAUGCUUGUUUUCUUACUCGCAAGUGGUUACUAUAUUCAGCAUAUCCCGCCUUUCAUUGCUUGGCUGAAGUACAUGUCUUUUAGCCAUUUCUGCUACAAACUGCUUGUUGGGGUGCAGUAUUCUGAGAAUGAACUUUAUGAAUGUGGCGCCGGCGGCGUUCGUUGCCGGGUGAUGGAUAAUCCGGCCAUCGAGUUUCUCGGUAUCGAUGAUAUGGGCGGCUCUGUGGCGGCGUUAGCUGUGAUGCUAGUAGGAUAUAGGCUAAUUGCAUAUUUUGCUCUGAGGUUAAGGCUGCCUCAAUGA